AUGGCGAAGACAUACAAGCAACUGAAGGAGGCCUGGGUGUCUGGUCACACUGGGGGCUCCGUCGCCGAUGUCAACAGCGUCUCGCUCGCAAUGCCUUUGAGCAUCUUGCUAUGGUCGGUCAUUCAGUCUCGCAUGCGCCUAUUCACUCCGUACACCCCUGGCCCCUGCCUCGUCGACUUUCUGCUCAACUGCGGAGCCACGCUGUUCGCAACCACCAUCUACUCCUCCUCGCCGUGGGUACUGAACAUGCUCCUCCUAUUCCCAGCAGCUAUACUGUACGCCCUCGAGAAGCCAGCUCCCCCAAAACGAGAGGCACCUCGUCCGCCUAGAAAAACCAAUUCUGAGAAGGAAACGAAGCUUGAUGCGCUACCGGUUAAGCCGUUCAUCACAAACUACCGAGGUGCCAUGAUGAUCAUAACUUGUAUCGCUAUACUGGCUGUGGACUUCCGAGUGUUUCCUCGGCGAUUUGCAAAAGUGGAAAAUUGGGGCACAUCACUUAUGGACAUGGGCGUAGGGUCAUUUGUCUUCACAGCUGGCGUGGUUUCCGUCCGAUCCUCCCUUAAGGAGGGGACUGAUCGGGGACCGCCGCUAUCCAACAGGCUCUUGGCCUCCUUCAGGCACUCCAUACCACUCCUCGUACUUGGCACAAUCCGACUCAUCUCCGUUAAAGGUCUUGACUACGCCGAGCACGUCACCGAAUAUGGCGUUCACUGGAACUUCUUCUUCACGUUAGGCUUUCUGCCACCAUUUGCUGCUCUCUUCCAAACGGCUUUUAAUCUGGUACCAUCUUACGCGAUCCUUUCAUUUACGCUGGCUGCCAUCUAUGAGAUUGCAUUGGACUGGACAUCGCUCGGGUCUUUUAUUUUGAUCGCACCGCGGACUGACCUCUUCUCCAAGAAUCGAGAAGGUAUAUUCUCCUUCAUUGGCUAUCUUGCUAUAUUUCUCGCCGGCCAAUCUCUGGGCUCAAUUGCUCUCCCACGACAGCAGCCAACUCCGAAGAACGCGUCUCUGAUAUCCAUGCUCCGGCAAACAACAUUGGGCAGGCUUGCCGUGACAUCUAUCAUGUGGACAGCUUUGUUCUACUUCUCAACCAGUUACUAUGGCCUCCGCCUUUCAGUCUCCCGACGACUUGCCAACCUCCCCUACUUCUUGUGGGUGUCUGCAUUUAAUAGCUACCAAAUCACCAUAUGCUGCGCCAUCGAAACCAUCCUCUUCCCCAACCUUUACAAAGCUACGACCAAAGACGAAGAGCUGCAGAGGAGUAGAGAUGCCACUAGCACCAUACUGUAUGCUUUUAAUCGCAACGGCCUCGCAGUCUUCCUAAUCGCGAACCUGCUUACGGGCUUGGUCAACAUGACAAUGCCAACGCUACACAUGAGCAUGCUGCAGUCGAUGGCGAUCCUCAUAGCGUACGCUGCUACCGUGACUGGGGUUGCUGUUGGGUUGGAUUUCUACAAUCUGUCUAUCAAAUUAUGA